GCGUUACGUGACAUACCUGACAAGGGCUUUGUCGAAGCACGUGGGUUUUGAACCGAAGGCGAACGACAGCGAUCUCGUAAAAGAGCUCAGAAAAGACGCAAUGAGAUGGGCCUGCGAAGCUGGCGUCAAGAAUUGCACAUCUUACGCUGAGAAAACAUAUCAACAAUGGCUCAAAAAUCCUUCGACUGUAUUGGAUGUUAACCUGAAGAACGAAAUUCUCUGCGCUGGGGCCAGGAACGCGAACGAGAGCAUGUGGACUAAUAUUCUGAAGCAAAUAAUUGUAUCUGAACCCGAUGAAGAGAUUAGGAAGGAACAGGUGGUGGCUCUAGCCUGCUCCAACUCGACUAAGAUUCUGAAGAAAUACCUAAACUCAACCCUCGAUCCAAACUAUCCGAUUGAUUUCAAGACCGCAGCGGCAAACGUGGUGUCCAGAUAUCCGGGGGGUGCCCAACUCGUUUUCAAUUUCGUGCUCAAACAAUACCGACGCAUCGAGAAAUUAGAGAAUUUCAAAACUAUUAUGAAAGAUGUCGUUACAGCGAUUAGCGGAGGAGUUACGAAUAAGGAGCAACUUCUUAAUCUGACCGCAUUUUUCCUGGGUAGAAAACUGGAUCCGGAGGAUGAUGUCUUGAAAGAUGCGGUACAGAACAUGAUAUGGAUUAAUAAAUACAAGUCAACUGUAGAUGAGUGGCUGGGCGAUAACAGUGAUAUAUUCGAGAGGCCCGAUAACGGAGCGAAUGGCAAUCGUUCCGAUUUUCUUGAAGAAGUAGCCGCGGGUGGUGCAGAAAGUCCGUCCAAUAUGAAGGACGCCGGUUAUCGCCAGGAGUACACAAUAGAAAGUGCUGUUCUUCACAACGAGGCUACAGCCUUAACCCGCACGAAGAUAAACACACUCAUGAUCAUCAUUCACGAGUUAAGUCAUCUAUGGUUCGGUAAUCUCGUCACCCCGACAUGGUGGAAAUAUCUUUGGGUGAAGGAGGGAUUCGCCUCCUAUUUCCAAUACUUCCUUGCUUCCGAAAUAGCACCUGAAUUCCGAUUGGACGAUAUGUUCGUCGUGGAGAGCAUGCAAGAGAACGCGAUGGUUAUGGAUGGGGUUCCGGAGGCACGUCCCUUAAAUAAGGACGUAAUUACCCCUGAAGAUGUCGCUGAAAGCUACACCCCCAUGGUCUACGACAAAGCAAGUUCUAUUAUUCGAAUGAUAUCUCACGCCAUGACGGAAGAGGUUUUCCACAAGGGCGUGAAAAUCUAUCUGACAAGCCACGCGUUAGGUAAUGCGGAUUCGAACGACUUAUUCGAAUCCUUCCAGAAAGCCUUGAACGAGAGUGGGAUUGAAUGGAAACAGCCCAUGCAAGUUUUAAUGCAUAAUUGGGUGGAAUGUCCGGGAUAUCCGACGGUGACAGUUAAGAGAGUACAUGGGAACUAUCAACUAACACAGGAACGUCUUGUGAUCGCGUUGGGAGAAAACCAAAAAUACCCUACCAAGUGGUGGAUACCAAUCAAUUAUGUCGAGGAAUCGAAUCCCAAUUUCACUAACACGGCUAUCGUCGAUUGGUUCUCUCCGAACGAUACAUCACAUACUCAACACGCAGCAAACAGUCCGACGACAUCAGUCAUUUCUUGCAAUAUCCACUACGUGAUUCUUGUAGAGUCUCUCAUGCCAAAAGCAGAUUCAGAAGCAGAAUUGUUCUGUUACUACCGUGUGAACUAUGAUGUAGAAAAUUGGGAACUGUUGAUAAAAGAGUUGAACAAGGGGAACGACACCAAAAUACACGUGCUGAAUCGUGUGCAGAUGAUCGACGAUGUGUUCAACUUAGCUCAUGUUGACAGUUUGAACUACACGAUCGCUUUAAAGGUGGCCCUCUACUUAACAAACGAGGCCGAUUAUAUGCCCUGGCAACCGGCGCUCAGGCACUUGGGCUUCCUGCGGAAUUUGUUACGCACUUCCAACAAAUAUUACAUUUUCAUGCGUUACGUGGCACACCUGACGAAGACUUUGACGAAGGAGAUUGGUUAUGAACCGAAGGCGAAUGACAGCGAUCUCGACAAAAUGCUCAGAAUAAACGCAAUGAGAUGGGCCUGCGAAGCUGGAGUCAAGAGUUGUAUAUCCUAUGCUGAGAAAACAUAUCAACAAUGGCUUGAAAAUCCUUUGAUGAAAUUGGACGUUAACCUGAAGACGGAAAUUCUCUGCGCUGGGGUCAGGAAUGCGAACGAGAGCGCGUGGAAUAAUACUCUGGGGCACAUACUUGCAUCUACGCCCGACGAGGACAAAAGGAAGGAUCAGCUGGUGGCUCUAGCCUGUUCUAACUCGUCUGAGAUUCUGAUGACAUACUUAAACUCAACUCUCAAUUCAGGCACCAAAGUUUUCUUCAGUACCGCUGCAAGAGACGUGGUGUCCAGAUAUCCGGGCGGUGCCCAACUCGUUUUGAAUUUCGUGAUCAAAGAACAGAAACGCAUUGAGAAAUCGUAACUAACUUCGUACUUUUCUUUCUUUUCACCGUGGUCAUUGUUACGUUUACUUAAGGUUGUGUGAACCGUAAGAUCUCCAAAAGUUUAAGAACCAUGAUAAGGAGCUAUGUCCAAUAUGUGAACCGAUAAACAUUUAGGAAGGUUUACAAAAUUGUUGACCUGCUUUUUUAAGUCAAUCAACUUUUUUGUAUAAUAUAUGGUUUCGCCAUUUUUGUACAAUUGUACUUGAUUUGGAACUGGUUACAUUGUCCACACGUCGUACAAUCUCUACUUUUGCUUAGUUUUUAUGGUUCAUCUGAAAUAAUAUCUUUGAAG